UGAAUACUCAAUAACACCCUUUGAAUCCUUCACAUUGGGCGACCAUGUUCGCCCUCCCUUCAGCGCGGUCGCUGCUGGCCUCUUGUCGACCGUCAACAUAUCUUCUCGGAAAUGUCCAAGCUCGCAUUCCCCUUCUUUUGAAUCCAACAGCAGCAGCGUCUAGAGCUGCCUCCCAACUUGCACCUCGAAAUGUCAAGUUUCUCAAACGACACAAAGGUGUUUUACCUAUACCUACAGGUGGUUCCAUCAAGGGUACCACUCUUGCAUUCGGACAAUGGGGCAUCCGGAUAAAGGGAAAUGGUGCGAGGCUGUCGGCGAAGCAGCUGUCAAGCGUAGAGGAGACCAUCAAGAGGAAGAUCAAGGUCAUUAAGGGUGCAAGAGUGUGGAUGCGAGUGUUUCCCGAUAUUCCUGUGUGCAUAAAGGGAAAUGAAACGCGUAUGGGUAAAGGAAAAGGGUCCUUUGAGUUCUGGGCUACUCGUGUACCACCUGGUCGUGUUUUGUUUGAGAUUGGAGGUGUUCUUCCAAUUCGUGAGGAAUUGGCUCGUGAAGCUCUUCGAUUGGCCAGUGCAAAACUCCCAGUUCUCACUGAGUUCAUUGACCGUUCAGCUCCCCCGCGACUGGGAAACUUGUUGAUCACGCCGGAGCUAGCCAAGGAAGUAAAACUCCCUCCUGCAGUACUGCGCAAGCUCUCAUAGUCGGGAACCACACACUACAAUGUUGUUCGAUCCACCGGUAUGCAUGGACCGCCAACGGUCUCUAUAUAAGCCCUUACCUUGUGCUACGGAGGCCUUAUAUUAAGGUAUCAUAUGUUCGUCGGCUGAGAAUAAGGAUUACGGUAUUAUCCAGGCUCUAAGGACACUAGCGAUAGCAAAAUAAGUUAGAUCGACAGAGACAACCAUCCAAUUUGAAAGUCCUAUGGGUCAUGAGGCGAUAGAGAGUAUCCAGUGUAUGUAAGCUUCUAGUCAUCUGCC